CGAAGUGAAAAACGCGAGUUCCUCCAUUUCUCGCUGACCCUGAGAGGCGGGUCUUUGUGAGCCACACGAGGCCGUCUACACCUCAGUGGGAGGCCUCUUUUCCAGUGGCUGUCUCUUGCGUCUUGUCGGUGUUUCUUCUUAUCCUUCUCGCUUUUCUCUGUUGUCUUAGAUGCUCGCUUUUCUGUUUCAAUGGCUUGUCGCGCAAGCCAUCUUGUUGCGGCGGGUCUUGUCUAUGGACAGCACAUUUCCGUUGUAGGCCGCGGGCGCGUUUCCCGUUGUGUGCGGUCAUCUCGCGCUUCUUCUUUUUCUUCGGCCGUUCCUCUUCAUUUGUUCAAUUAGCAUCCUCUUCUCUCUUUUCCGUUUGCGUGUCAUUCUCUUCCUUUCUUCUCUCACCUCUAUCUUCCGGUCUGCACGUUUUUUUCCAUCUCCUCCGGCUUCUCUCUUCUCUUCUCUCGUCUCGUUUCGUAUCUUUUCUUCUUUCCUCAUCUCCUCUUUCUUCUUGCCCCUCAUUCAGUCCUUCUGUGCUCCUGUUUACCGUCUCGCACGGUCUGUAUCUUCUUUUCUCACCUCUCUCUUCUCGCGGCGUCUGAUCGUCUUCUCUCGCCUGGUUUUUACCUCUCCUCUCUCUCUCUCUCUGCGCUCGAUGGCGAAGCACAAGGCGCAGGUGCGCGCCUUUUCUGCAGGGGGGGGUCGUCCCCCUGGUCUCUCGGACUCUGACUUCCAUCGCGGAUGUACAAAUGGAUCGAAGAGUUCGAGGAAAAGCGAGUUCCGUCGCUUCGAAGGGUCUCUUGAAACUGCAGAAAAGACGGCGGGAGUCCAGAGUCGGUACCCUGUGAUGACGGAGCGCGAACACCAGGCGCUGCGGAAGCUGCAGCUGGAUGAGCUGCGGCGGCAAGGCCCCUCGGCCCUCAAGAGCUUCCUCGAGUCCGUAGCUUUCGCGGUGUACGUGUCCUUCCUGCCAGGUUUUUUGAACGCAUGCAUGCGUCGCCUUCCCCCCUUCGACGUCUGGGCGGGCAACACCACCGCCGCUCUUGCCCUCUGGCUCUGUCUCGCCUGGUGGUCUGCUCUCUGCGCUCGCGGCAACGUGACGGACCCCGCGAGCUUCCUGGUCUGCGUCCGGGAGGCAGCGGCCUGGGCUGUGGAGGACAGAAAGCAACGCGAAACCGAGAAACAAGCUGCUCUAGUGACUGGCGGCGCCCGACACUCUUCACCGGCCUGCCGAGAAUCUGACGCCAAAGACGCUGAAUCCAGUGGUCCCGACGAGGCUCUCGCGCAAGUCUCAGCCUGUGCUUUCUGGAAAGUCACAUCGGCUUCUCUGUUGGGGGCGACAGUCGUUGGCCUCGUACUUCGUUUCUUUUUCUCAAAGUCGACUUUCCUGUCCCUGCUCGAGCCGCUCCCUCACCAGGUGUACGCGGACAUGCCGGCUCCGAUUCCAGGGAAGGUCUCUCCGCCGUUCUUCCUUCCCUCGUCUUCGCUUCUAGCCUCUCUGCUUCCGCUGCUGCCUUCCGCCUUGCAGCUGCAAGCCACAGAAUUGCUCCGGAGCGGCCUGGUGCUCGCCAGUCGCCUUUUUUCGCUGCUGCGCCGCGUCAGUUUGGGUGUAUGUACGGCCGGCAUUGCGAUGGUACUCAAGCCGGGGGGCGGCCACCAGGAGUUUCAGGAGCAACUGCUCAAGAGCGACUGGUUCAGAGAGUUCUUCGGCGAGUUCUCUGAGGCGGGUGAAGACAGCUUCCGCAGCUUGCUCGGGACCAGCCAACCGGUGGACAAUUUCUUCUCUAAAAUAGUGCAUGCGCUCACAGGCUCCGCUGCGGGCGUCAAGGAAGAAGAGCUGGCUGUGCUCUGGGUCAGCGGCAUGGUCGACAUGUUCCUUCUCGAACUCUUCUUCGGCUUUCUCGCCUACAUGACCGCCGCGGUUCAAGCUUCCGUUACCACCGCAGCUCCCGGCAGAAGAUUUCAAAUCCGGGCCAUGAGCUACGCCUCCCUCAAUGCCUCAUGCUUCUUCUACUAUUUUGGAAUUCCCUUCUGUACUCCUGUUGGUGGCCCGAUGUUGAACGCAGGCUAUGCAGCCCUUGUGACAGCGUAUCGUCUUGAUGUGAUUGGAUUUUUUCUUCUGGUGGCGGCGGACCUGCUCGCUGCGUACCUAGCCACGCUUGUUGUGAAGCCGUUUGCAUGCGUCCCCGAAAAGAAGCCUGUAGCUCCAGCGAGAAGAAACGUCUCUGUGUGGCCGGAACAAAGCACAGAGAAGCGGAAGGCAGAGUAGCUAAGCUCGUGCCACAUACUUACCUGCAUGCACAAGUGAACAUUUGGACGCGGUGUCAGCUGCAGUUCAUUUUGCGCCGCCCGGUUCGUAGCUGGAUCGGACACCAACACCAACAAGAAGCAUUUACAUGGCAAGCAGCGAAGAUUGGGUAACACGUUAAGCCAAUCCAACAAUCCCAAAAGUUAGGUCGGCAAAUACUUGGUGCCGCCAGAGGAUACCCAAGUUGCUUCUUGUACGCCAUUCGGCGAAGGGACAGGGCGACGUCCACAGUUCAGCAGAGGAUCUCUGAGAAAAAAGCGGCAUCGCAAAUUUGACAGGGCACAGAAUGUAGAUUCUGUGACAGUUGAAGCAUGCACUAACUGCGAGCCAAGAAAAAAAGUGGCGACGAAGUCUGGGGCCGCCGCGGUCUGGUGGUGUGACACCACGGGCUCUACAGCUCUGCUCCUUCAGAACUGUAUGUGAGAACUUUUAUUGCUGUGACAAGUCGCUCAUGCUGCUUCGCAUUGUUGGUUUCGCUUCCGGUCCUCAUUGCCGUCAUAGUGUUGUGUGUUGUAUGUUGCUCGGUACGUGGCGGGCGCUGCACUAUUGCGGAAACCGCUCUCCAAUGUCCGUAGGCAAGAAUACAUGAUGUUGCUAGGCGUAUUCACGUGUAUCUGCACGGAGUGGUAUUUUGCGACGAGCGGGUGCUCACAGAGAAUACACACAUAUAACCGAUGUGUACGCAUGCUCUUACACAUUGCCGUCACUUUUGUUGGUAUGUGAAACGAUGUGCUUCAGAGUAAGCAGUGUGUGAAGCUUGAUACCAUGGCUUGGCUGAACUUUGACGGGUGCUGUGUUCUCCAGUGUCCACGGCCAUCUAAGGAAGUGAGCGGAUUACACACCAGCCCGUCAGAUGAGAAAAGUCCGUUGUACAGAAUGGCAUUCUCAAGUUCAAGCGGUGACGCUGUUGACGCAC